UAUUUACAGUGUUUAAAUUUUCAGCCAAAGGUUUGAGAAAUAAUGAAAUCAAUAAAAUAUCUGCUUCUAGAUCAACUUUUUGCAAAGAGAAAAAUCUGACUAUUAUGAAGUAGCAAAUACCAAACAAGAAACAAAGAGCACAUGUUUGCUUUGUUCUUUGCACAAUAAACAGGUUCCUAUUUCAGGUUUGUGAACAUUAUAGAUUUUCACGUAUGUCGAGGCCACUGCUUUUACUCUCCCUUGUACAAGAAUGUUCAUGAAAACAGAUCAUAAAUUUACUUUCAAGCCAGACAAAGUAGAGAAUUACAAAUCAUUUCUCUAAAAGGCAGCUAAGUCAAAAUAAUAAACUGAGUGGUUUGUUUUAAGAGCAGAAGGUGUAGGUUUUUCAGACUGGGCCAGACAUAGUUCCCUCCCUGCAGCUUUCCAACUACCACUGUUAUGAAGGAACGCCUCCGAAAUGUUUUCAGAAGAGCUAGAACUAGCCAUAUAUUAAAAUUCAGUUGAUUUGAUGUGUUGUGUUUUUGUUAUGGUUUUGUCCAUAAUUUUGAAAUAUCACGCCUCCUUUAUUUCUGAAGUUUACUUGAUCCAACUUUAACGUGUUUGAUGAGUUCAUGCAGAUCUAAAGAUAUGCCUUUAGGUGGGUGGGAGGAGGGAGCUGGGAUGCCACACCCAAACCGUUUCCAUCUGAGCGAACUGAGAUCCUUAGAUCCUUAGAAUCAGACUAAGGAAGAGAAAAGCGGAACAGCGGGACUCAUGCGCUUGAAAAAGAUUAAUUAGAAACGUGUUCCACCUUUUCAAGGUAAAAAUAAUGUUUUGAAGGUGGUUUCCAACCAUUGUACGGACUCGUUUGAAAACACUUGCUUGCCAGUAUGUCCAAUCACAGAGGAAAGAUUGCUGGACUCUUUAUCUGUAUUUUAUUACUUGCAUCAGGCUUCAUUUCUUUGUAUACCAGGCGUUUAAGAGCCUUUGCCUUUAUCAAAGAACUGAAUGUGCUAAGGGAAUCAACACCAGCAACCACAAAUGAUUUGGAUGACAAACUUAACUUUGGGGCCAGACCACAUGUUCAGACCCAGACUUCCUGGAACGCACCUAUUAUGUGGGAACUGAUGUUUGAUAAUAAUCUAUAUGACCGAAAGCACAAAGAAGCCAAUACAACUGUGGCCCUCACGGUUUUUGCUGUUGGAAGGUACCUGGAAGCCUAUCUCAAAACAUUCCUGACUUCAGCAGAAGAACAUUUCAUGCUGGGAUUACCUGUGACGUAUUUCGUGUUUACGGAUUUACCAGAGCAGGUGCCAGAAAUUACCCUGGCUCCUCAACGAAACAUCAACAUUGUCAAGGUAGAGAAGCACACCAGGUGGCAAGACAUCUCUAUGAUGCGAAUGAAGACAAUAUCAGAAGUAAUCGACACAGUUCUCCAGCACAAAUUCACUUAUGUCUUCUGUUUUGAUGUGGAUCAGAUAUUUAAAGGCAGAUUUGGCUCUGAGGCUCUUGGGGAGUCAGUAGCUCUACUCCAUGCUCACUAUUACAAACUCCCAAAGUACAGGUUCACAUAUGACAGAAAUCCAGAAUCCAAAGCUUACAUGACUGAAGGCGAUUACUACUAUCAUGCUGCAAUUUUUGGAGGAACAUGUGAAAAAGUAAAGGCCUUGGCAGAUUACUGCUAUGUCAACAUCAUGGAAGAUAAACUGAAAAAUGUAGAGGCUUUAUGGCACGAUGAAAGUCACUUGAACAAGUACUUUUGGCUCAACAAACCCACCAAGUUGCUCUCUCCUGAGUACUGCUGGGAUGAAUCUAUUAGCGAUGCAAAAGACAUACUCGUCAAGCGCCUAGUAUGGGCCCCAAAAGACUAUGAGAAGCUUCGUACUCGAUAACGUGCAUAAAACCUAAAAAAAAAAAAGAAAAAAUAAGUGUGAUGCAAUAUUGGAAAGAAAAACAAUAUUUGAAAUUUGAUUUUGGUUUAUCUAAAGAAUUUGUAAAUUCAGAGCUUCAACUCUCAUGGCAAGCUGGUAAAGUUUGUUUGGAAACUUAGAGUUUUAGGUGUAGGUCACUGUUAUUCUAAUAAAAACCUUUUUUCCUA